AUGCAAUUUAUGCAAAAUGUUGCUUAUUUAUAUUUAAUUAAAAAAUAUAAUGAGAAAACAUUUUUGGAAAUACUUGCAAAUAAAAAAGUGAAAAACAUGGAACAAGACCAGAUUUUCAAUGAGAAGGAGAAGAAAGGUGAUUUAAAGGACAAAGAAGAAAGUUUAAAUGAAGAGAAAGCUGGAGAAGAUGAUGAGAACAAAUAUAAUCCUCGUAAAAAUUUAAAAUUUUAUUAA